GUGCAACCACGCUCAGUAUCGUAUAACUCCGAGAUCAUCGUGUGUGUCGCCGGUUGUUCCUUGCCGGGAGGAUAUAGAUUCGAUCGCGAUCGUCAAUUUCCGAUUCCGCCAGUGUGUGCCCUGGGAAGGUAUCGAGGCCAGUUGUGUUGAAUCCCCAGGCUAACCAGUGGAUAUUAGACGAGCAAAUCUAUCGUCACCUGUGGCAGUGCUUUGGUGGCUAUAUAAGAAGAGAAACAAUCGAAUAGUGUGAAGCAAUCAUGAUUGGAUUUAAAUUGCUCUCGGUAGCGUGUCUGAUAGGAGUCGCGCUUGGUCAGCAGGACUACCAGCAGGAAUAUCGCCCGGCACCACUAAGAAUCGGAACGAAUGCGGCGGAGGUCAAACCAACUCCGAUCCCCAUUCUCAAGCAGAUCAAUAGGCACAAUGAAGACGGAUCUUACACUUACGGUUACGAAGGAGCUGAUGGAUCAUUUAAGAUCGAAACCAAACUGGCCACCGGUGAAGUGAAAGGCAAGUAUGGAUACGUCGACGAAAGCGGCAAAGUUAAAGUAGUCGAGUACGGAGCCAACAAGUACGGAUUCCAGCCAUCCGGCGAAGGUAUCACUGUGCCACCUCCAACCCUAGUCGACGAAACUACUGGUAAGGAUGCCUUGUUGGACUACGAGGAUAACGUCCCUGCUCCGAGACCACAGAAGCUUCGUCCAUCGAAGCCACGAUUCCAGGAUAUUCCUCAGCCACGUCCCCAGCCGCGUCCUCAGCCACAGUACUACGACUACGAAGAUGAGCAACCUCAGCAACAGCCGCAGCCACAGCCCCAGCCUCAGUUCCGCCCGCAACCACAGCCAAAAUACCAGCCACAAAAUAUUGCCCCACAAGCUCAGUACGUUCAGCAGUCUCACUUCGGUUCAGCUGCCCUGUCUGGAGGAGCCCCACUUGAUGUAGUAUACUCGCCAAAGCAACGCCCAGCUCGUCCUGAGAUUGGUUUCGAUACCAGACCACAAACUUUCCCAAAUGCUGCUCCAGCUCCAGAAACAAAAAUUCGUUUCUCUGCACCAUCCUUCGCCGGAGCUGCUCCAGCGCCUCUUCCUAAACCAGCCCCCGCACCACAGCCUGCCUACGCCCCACAGCCCGCCUUUGCGCCACAACCCCGGCCCGCUCCUGCUGCGUACCAACCACGGCCUGCCCAGGGACGUAGCACCAGUGUCCUGGAUCAACUGGCCAAGGACUACGCACUGCCCCAAGGUGGAUCCGCUCCGCUGCACGAUAUUACGUUCGGAUACUAUUGAAAAAAAUCUCCAGGGGAAGCAGGGUUGGAGAAGAACAGCCAACCGCUUCUCAGUUAGACCUCGGGUAGCUCAGCUUGCCAAAAAAUAAGAAAAUUUUGCCAUUGUGUAUAAAAUGAAAGAUUUGCCUUUUGAAAGUUUUCUUGUAAUCGAUCCUAAUUGAAUGAAUUUUGUAAUACUGAAUCGUGAUAUAGAACUGAUUAUUAUAAUUUUAAUAAAAAAGAGACAGUAAACAAAUAA